CUGCCCUUCUAUCACAUGACCGCUAAUCGUAAGUAAGCAUUUCCGCGUUCACGAGAUCUCUUGCAGCCGCUGAAUGAAGCCUUGGACUGGGACAAAUUUUUCUGCAUCGUGCUGUGAUCCAAACGCGUUGCCGAGCUGGGGGGAAAUUCAGGGAAGGGAAGCCGUGCAACGCAUCGCACGGAUAUACGGCGCGGUACCAACAUGAUCACACGGGUGAAAUCUGCGGUGGCCAAUUUCAUGGGAGGCAUCAUGGCUGGUGCUUCCAACGGUGACCACCUCAGUGGCAUAGACCUGCCACUGAAAUUCCCUUACAUGCGACCUGAGUUUCUUGGGCUGUCACCGGAUGAAAUAGAGUGUUCCGCAGAUCAUAUCGCUCGUCCGAUCCUCAUUUUGAAAGAAACGAAAAGAUUACCAUGGGCUACGGGUUACGCAGAGGUGAUAAAUGCAGGGAAGAGCUCCCUGAACGAGGACCAGGCAUGCUGUGAGGUGGUGGCGGUGCAGACACGCUCAACAGGAGGAUGCUCCACCCCCAGCAGAACCCCCACGGCCAAGAGGAGAUCUUCUCUGCCCAACGGAGAGGGUCAUAGCCUCAGGGAACAAUCGGAGCCUGAGGAACUGCAGUUUCACUACUGGGGCCUGUUUGAUGGGCAUGCGGGUUCGGGGGCGGCCGUGGUUGCCUCCAGGGUGCUGCAGCACCACAUUGUGGAGCAGUUGCAAGAUGUUUUGGAUAUCUUGCGCAACGCCUCUGUCCUACCCCCUACCUGCCUGGGCGAGGAGCCCAACAACCACCCGACGCCCGGGACCCAUCGGGCCCUUUCACGCGCCGCCUCCCUCAGGGGCGCCGCGGGGGCUCCGGGGUCCCCCUGCACCCCUCCUCCACGGUUCUACACAGAGAAGAAGAUCCAGCACGAGAGUUUGGUGAUCGGAGCCCUGGAGAAUGCCUUCAAAGAGAUGGACACCCAGAUCGAGCAGGAGAAGGCCGUGUACAACAUCACUGGAGGAUGCACAGCCCUGGCGGCGCUCUUCCUGCUGGGGAAGUUAUACGUGGCCAAUGCGGGGGACAGCAGGGCCAUCAUUAUCAGAAACGGAGAGGUAAUCCCCAUGUCCACGGAGUUCACCCCGGAGUCAGAGCGACAGAGGCUGCAGUUCCUGGGCUUCAUGCAUCCCCACUUACUGGGAGGGGAGUUCACACACUUGGAGUUCCCUCGACGGGUGCAGAGGAAAGAGGUGGGGAAGAGGAUGCUCUACAGGGACUUCACUAUGAAUGGCUGGGCAUAUAAAACAGUUGAGGAUGAAGACCUGAGGUUUCCUUUAAUAUAUGGGGAAGGAAAGAAGGCACGGGUGCUGGCCACCAUUGGAGUGACUCGGGGCCUUGGCGACCAUGACCUUAAAGUGCAUGAUUCAAACAUUUACAUCAAACCCUUUCUCUCCUGCUGUCCAGAGGUAAAAGUCUACAACCUCACAGAGUAUGAGCACGGGGCAGAUGAUGUGCUUGUUAUGGGAACAGACGGCCUUUGGGAUGUCCUGUCAAAUGAGGAAGUAGCUGAAGCUGUCACAUCUUUCCUGACCAACUGUGACCCUGAUGACUUACACAGGUACACCAUGGCGGCCCAGGACCUGAUCAUGCGAGCCCGAGGCGUCCUGAGGGACCGAGGCUGGAGGAUCAGUAACGACAAGCUGGGCUCUGGAGAUGACAUCUCUGUCUACAUCAUCCCUCUGAUGUAUGGUAACCGCCAACCCUAGAACCGGGAACCUCAGAGAGAGAGGCUUCCUGUGGCCCCAACCCUAGAACAGGGAACCUCCGAGAGAGGGUUCCUGUGGCCCCUCCUGUCCCCCCUCAGUGUGGUUCAUUUCAUGUCAGCUGAGGCUCCUUGCCUUCGUCCCAUCCUGUGCUUCCCUUUGGAGUCUCUUCCUGUGUGAUGAACACUUUAUCAAUGACAGGCACUUUGUAUAUUUCUAAACUACGUUUCUCAUGUGACCCUGACCCCUGACUGCUGACUGACCACUGACUUUCUGCUUUGACACAAAAUGGCCUUUUAAGGUUAUAUAAUAUCCCUCACAGAGCUUCUUCCAGCUUCCCUGAAGGUGCAGGGUCAGGGUGUAGUAUUACAGCGGGCCCUAUUCUGCACUUAGAAAUGAUUUCAAUGUGAAGCUUCCGGUUCUGUUUUAAAGAUUAGGCAACACUUGUAUUGCAGGAGGGAAAUAUGGAGUGAAGAAUGUGAGCAAAGUGCAAUGAUUUAAAUUCUACUAUAUACUCUUUGUGUAUGCAGAUAUGCUUAUUUUUAUGUUAACUCUAUCUGUGUGAGGGCUGGGUGGGUGG